GUCUAAUUUGUUUUAAUAUAUGAGCAGGCCUAGAAAAAUUUGACUAUGGACAUGUAUAACACUCCCCUACCUCAACUCUAAGGGAAAAGUCAUAGGGGGGGGGGACAUCUAUAUUAGACAAAAAAAGCCCAUUUCGGGAUAGGGUUGAUAAAUUUAUAACUUUUUAUUUCACUUUUCUAUACAUGUUACAAAUAUUCUAGUUAUACAUUUUUAAAUGUUGUAAAUUUUGUUAAAAAAUCACAUGAAUUUUUUUCAGAUUAACCAUGCUGAAGAAACAACCCAUGUUCUCUCUGGCACUCAUCGGCACAUUUUUUGUUGGUAUUGGAUUUAUCCUAAGUUAUAGAAAUCAAGUUUACAGUUUUCACAAAGAAGUUUUGAAAUCUUAUGGUUCCUGGAAUGCUCUGCAGAAUAAAGUAACAUUUUUCUGGCCAAAACCUCGAAGACGUCCUUUAGGUGGACGGUUUGAUACUAUUCUUGAUUUCUGUGGCGAGCUCUGUGAUCUAACAAAGGAAAUACAGAAAAAUCAUGAUGAUGUUAUGGGAACUGUUACAGCUAAGGUAGAUUGUGCUGCUAUAUUUGCCAGCGAUGAGAUUGAUAAACCAAGUGGACAUGCUGCAAUGCAAUGGGAAAUGAUCCCAGAACAUAUUCAGAAUGAGUUUACUCACCAUGGAAAAAUAUCCGUUAAUUCUUGGUUUAUUGAUGAAACAUUCCAAGGGGGUACCAAGACUGUAGGAGUUUAUAGUAAAGAAGAAAUUCAAAAAUAUAUUGACAGUUUCCUGGCUGGGACACCGCUAGAUAAUUAUUCUUCUGGGAGUACGCUAAUUAAUCAGGGUUUAGAACAGAUAGAUGUAAAGAAUAAAUCUAUUCUUAUAAUUGGUACACAGAAUCCAUGGGUCGAAGCAGUCGUCCUCUCAAAGGAUCCAUCACUUGUAAUGACUCUAGAGUAUGGAAUGUUUAAAAGUGAAUUUCCAAAACUAGAAUUUGUAACUCCAGCAGUUUUCAGGGAAAGAUAUAAAAAGCAGGAACUUCCGCUUUUUGACGUGAUAAUUUCCUACUCUUCAUUGGAACACUCAGGACUAGGACGAUAUGGAGAUGCAAUAAACCCCUGGGGGGAUAUAUUAACCAUAGCUAGAGUCAGCUGUGUAUCCAGUCCAGAUGCUAAGUUAGUGAUUGGUGUUCCAGUUGCUGGAGUAGACAGGAUAGAGUUUAAUGCUGCCAGGGUGUAUGGACCCAUCUUAUAUCCAUAUUUUCCUAGGGUGUAUGGACCCAUCUUAUAUCCAUAUUUGGUGACAAAUUGGAAACUCUUUUGGACAUCUGCAGGAAAUUUUACCCCUGCUCCAGAUCAGGAUGUGAAUUACCAACCUGUUUAUAUAUUUGAGAAAAACCAUCAAUAAUGUAUUUAGUAAAAGAUAUUUUAAGAGACAGGGUUUCU